AUGCGCCUCGGUUUCGUGCAGUAUCCAGACAUACUUUUGCCUGAAUCAAACAUGGCGAUCUGCACUCCCUUACGUUGACGCGUGCUUUACGGCCAGCAGUGUGGUGAACGGCUUGCAACAGAGGACGUCUGAAGCUGCUCAGCCAUGCCGCUCAUCGAUGUUCAAGGCAAGUUGGGGAUCGACGUAGAUAAGUGGUUAUUGCUUCAGAGUACAGAACAGCCAUAUCGUCAGGUCGCAAAAUGCCACACAUUUGAAAAAGAGUGGAUUGAAUGCUCCAGUGGAAUCGGGCAAAUAAGAGCACGCAAGGAGUGCAAACUAGAAUAUGAAGACUUCUAUGAGUGUAUGCACAGGACCAAAACGAUGCAGCGCCUGUUGGCAAUUCAAAAUCAAAAGAAGAAGCUGGAGAAAGAAGGAAAAUACAAGGCUCCCGAUUUCAGCAAAGAGGAGAACUCACCAUGAUUCUAAGGACUGAAACUCACGUUAUGUUGUUUGACUUCCAAGACAAACCACCUCCAAAUUAACUUUAUUAAAAUGUUCAGUACAAGCCCAA